AAACUGCAGAACUCCCAAGCACUGAUCAGCGCCAACGAUGGAUCCCAUCAUGGUCAAGUCCGAGGAACAUUUCAAUGCAGUGCUUUCAGGGCACACGUCAAACACCGCUGAAGUUGCCAAGUUGCAACCAAUUGGUGCAAUACAGCCUCCACGCUUCAACUUGGACACAGACAAGCAGCAAUUUGGGCAGUAUUUGCAAGAGCACGGCUAUGCAGUUGUGAAGAACGUGGCCAGCCCGCCGGAUAUAGAAAGAGCUCGCUCUCUUUUGUGGGAGUUCCUGGAGGCGUUGCCAGACACUCAAGUGAAGAGGGAUGAUGUGAGAACUUGGGGAUGCCCGAAAGACUGGCUUCCAAGUCCAUCAAAUGGCAUCUUGCACGGCUUUGGCUUUGGGCAAUCUGAUUUCAUGUGGCAUUUGCGCAUGCUGCCAGGUGUGAAGGAGGCUUUUGCCGCCAUUUGGGGCACAGAUGAUUUGCUGGUCUCGUUCGACGGCGGAAAUGUAUUUCGGCCGUGGCGCUAUAAUUGGGAUUGGCUCACCUCUGGAGGCUGGUUCCAUUGCGACCAAAAUGCUCGCCUUCCUCACAGCCGUGGCCGCGUGUGUGUGCAGGGCCUGGUGACAUUGCGGGCGGCGACUGCGGAAACCGGUGGCUUGGUGGUGGUGCCUGGAAGUCACCUCAAGCACGAGGAGCUGUGCAGUAGAAGUGCUCUGUCCAGAGGCAGCGGCGAUUUUGUGCCAGUCUCGGUAGAUGACCCAAUUCUUCAAGACGCUGCGCUGGUGCUCGCAGAGGCGGGGGAUCUGAUCCUUUGGGAUUCUCGCACAGUGCAUUGCAACACACCUGCUUUGGCUCCAGAGGAGGCAUGCUCUACACCUGCAGAAGAUGAUUGGCAGCUCAUCCGUGAAGCGGGCUACGUGUGCAUGACACCCUGCAGCUUCGCGUCGCAAGAGGUUUUGCAGAAGCGCAGGGAGGCCUUCGAGCAGAAUGUGAGCACGAGCCACUGGCCCCACAAGUUUGUGGUUGCAGGGUAUGCGCUGCCAGACACACCAGUCAAAAAUCCAAGCACCAUUUCCAAGGAGCAGAGGUGGUUGAUUGGCUAUGAUCGCGAGCGCCGUUGUAUUGUACAGUAAUUCAGAACAAAAUACUGCAGCGGUAUGCAUCCUGCGAAAGACCUAGGCUUGAGGGUCGAACAUUGGCCCGGUGCAGGUAAGUUGGAUUGCUCUUCGGGCUAGAUGCUUGGGGCAACCCUGGAUUUCCUUGGCACAUGGCUGGGUCCAGGCCAUUGUACAGUGAUGGCAGC